AAAAAAAAAAAAAAGAAAGGGCAAAAACAGGGAGAGAUCGGCAGGCAGCAGCAUUCACGAUCCUACAAGUCUACACCCUCGCCAACUCGCAACUCGCCAUUCAGGCUACGAACACCUGUCGCUAUUAACCAUGGAACUUAUUUUCUGGAUGAUCAGCUCUCUGGUCCGCUGGGUUCGACUGAAGAUAUACCAGUACGAGGUCACCUUCGCGAUAUAUAUGCUUACUCCUACGGAGAAAUUCAUCUUCAACUCGCUACUUUUGAGCCUCGUUACUCUCCUGUCCACCGCUGCUUAUGUCUACCUGCCCGACCACGUCAAGAGCAUUUGCGGCCACAUCUACUACUACUGGGCUGGCGAUCGCCCAAUUAGCGACUACCUCCUGUCGCCAUCUGCUCUGCUACGCGACAACACCACCAAAACUCUAGAGGUUAUCUACGAAACGGCCCAAGGCGCGGCGGCAGCAGCGGCGGCGACUGUAAGAGUCGCGGAUCUGUGAUGGAAUGGCUACACACGGCGAUUGAGCGCUCUAUGCUCGUUAUGCUUUUCCGGCACGGGAGCUCCUGAGGGAGCUUGAUUAUAGUCGCGGAUCCCAUCGCCGUAUGCGGUCGAGAUACCACUUUCAGUUCUGUUCAGAUGAGCGAGGGCGCUUGGGGGCGUUGUGUGUUUCAGCUAGACCGAUUCUUUCCUUCACCACGUCUUGGGAGCAACUUGUGUUGAUUGCAUGGGAGCGGGCGCAUGAUGGAUA